GUUCCAUCGCGCGCCAGUGUAAGCCUGGGUGUUUCUCUUGACACGGCUUAUUCUUGAGCUGACCUUUCGCGUUUUAGGAAACAGUUGCUUCGGGGCACUUCCAUCCCACCACAACACCUUUACCCACUCCACCCCGCCGCCAGAGACAGCUGGGCAGUUGAGUGAUCGCUUCUUUACUGCCUGUUGGCUAAUCGUAAGUUCGCAGGAAGCCAGCACAAGCGGCCGCUUGCUGUGAGAACGCUGGAAGUGAUCGUGGAUCAGUCAUCCGCGAACGCAGAACGUGCGACUAGACUUCUACACUUCGCACUGACAACAGACACAGGCUCAAGGGGAUUCAGUGGGACAUCGCCGGAAAACACGCGCCCUCGUUCUUCAUCCAGAGGCUGUUAAAUCAGCGGGAAGUCCCGAGCGAUAAUAUGUACCAACUAACGAGCACGUCCGCGGGGAAGUAGAGAGAGAGAGAAUAAAGCGGCCAAACAUGUACACCGUCACAUACGACUCCACGACCAUGCCUCGGCCGACCAGCCUGCCGCUGACGCCGUUGAGUGUUCGGCCGAGAUCGUGUUCUCAAGCGAGGAUAAAACCGUCCAAAAGGUUGAUUCUCAACGUCGGCGGGACGCACUACGAGGUAUCGAAGAGUCUCGUCGACAUGUAUCCGGAUACGCUGUUGGGAAGUAUGGAGAAGGAAUGUUCUACGACGACAAUCGUAAGGAGUACGUCUUUGACCGCGAUCCGGAUAUCUUCCGUCACAUCCUCAACUACUACCGGACGGGGACGCUGCACUAUCCGGAAAACGAAGGACUUGUGAAGUACGAAGAGGAGUUGUCCUUCUUCGGCAUUGACAACGGGGACCUGGAGGAGAUGCUCGGGCCGUGUUGUCGAGAGGCCUACUUCGAUAAGAAGGAAACGCUGAUAAAAGUUAACGCCCAGACGGACGGUGAUCGCCCUUCAGAUGAAGACAGGACACUGAGGGAACGUAUGUGGCAGUCUAUUGAAAACCCCGGAAAGGACGCAUGUGGAACGUCAUUCUUCUACGUCAUGCUGUUUUUCAUCACGGUAUCUAUAGCGUCGAAUGUAUUAGAGACGAUAUACUGCAGGGGCGUAGAUAGGGAGGAAUGGAUGUACUGUGGAGAUCGGUAUCCCAAAUCUUUUUAUGUUGUGGAGUCCGCCUGUGCCAUACUGUUCACGUUAGAGUACUUCAUACGGUUCUAUGCCACCCCGGAGCGCUGGUUUUUCGUCAAAAGCCCCAUGAGUAUCAUUGACAUCCUGUCUAUUCUGCCUUUCUACAUCGCCCUCAUGAUGCCAAAGGACAGCGAAAUGAACGGAGUCUUCGUCACCCUUCGAGUCUUUCGAGUGUUUCGUGUCUUCAAGUUGACGAGAUCGUCCACAAACCUACAGCUCCUUGGCUACACCUUGAGGUCGUGCGUUCGAGACUUGAGUUUCCUUCUCUUCGCACUCUUCAUGACGGUGAUCGUGUUCUCUACGAUCAUCUUCUACGCGGAGAGGGGCGCUCCGGCCAGCCACUUCACGUCCAUCCCCGCCACGUCCUGGUACAUCAUCGUGACCAUGACCACGCUCGGGUACGGGGACAUGGUGGCGCGGACUACCUUCGGGAAGGUGGUGACGGCCUUCUGUUGCCUCAGCUCCGUGGUCCUCCUGACUCUCCCCGUAACUGUCAUUGUCUCCAACUUCAACAACUUGUACCGCCCGGAAAGACUCAAGAGCAAGUUCACGGCCGUCCCUGCGAUACGAAGGCGCAUCACCAAGACUCCCCACGACUCUGACAUGUUUGAAUCGCAACACCGGCAUCUUCUACAGUCAUUGGAUCAAGUGAGAGACAGAGAUUUGGGCGGGGUUUCCUUUAUAUAUGGCCGCAGAAGUGAUGACCAAAGCGGUAUUGAGAUACUGAACGCUCAGUCAGACAGUGAAAGUGAUGAUUACGGUGAUGAAAGUAAAAGUUUGAAGCUCUAAUUUACAUCACAUAUAAACAUCUGUGCAAAAACUGUAUUGAAUCUAAGUUUCCCUUUUCAAUAAUCACAAUGUACGGAUAUAAAGUUUGCCUGGAGAGUGUACAUGUUAUACAUGUGUACGACACAGAUAUAAUUUAUACGGAAUUUAGAUGGUAUAUUUUAAUCAGUCGUUAUUGCUACAUAUCAUAUCGGGCAUAAUAAUGUGUGUAAACGGUAAAUUUGUUAAGAAUGUUUAUUCUGAGGUGAUUUUGAUCACUUUCAAUGAUAUAUUUUAGUUUGACGUCAUUAUCAAGAUCAUAUUGAGUAGCUGGGUGCCAUCCAAAUACUACCGGGCCCGCCCUGAAAAAAAAUCAAAACUAUUUCAGGGCUGGCCCGGUAGUACUCGGAUGUCAUUCUGAUAUGGAUCAGUUAAUUUGAAUGAUAUUCAAGAUUUCCGUCACUGUAACUUACGUUUUAUUGUGGAAGAAAAGCGGUUCUGAAUAAAGCAAUA